UUCCAUGCUCUAAUCCCCAACGGUUACCUCUUCUCAACCCCCACUAUAUAUAAUACCCUAUCUCCCUUCACACAUUUCAUCACCUCUCUAACUCUCCUUUUCUAUACCACCAAUCUAGCAAGCUCAGUUUUAAUUCUCAAAUGGCAUUCCAUAGGUUUCUGGGGCUCUUGAUUUUGAUGACUCCGAUCAUGUUUGUUCAAGUUGUGGCAAGGCAAUUCGAUGUUGGUGGCAAAGAUGGGUGGGUGCUGAAGCCUACUGAAGACUACGAUCACUGGGCUCAAAGAAACAGAUUUCAAGUCAAUGACACUCUCCAUUUCAAGUACAAUAAAGGGAGUGAUUCGGUUGUGGUGGUGAAGAAGGAGGACUUCGAUUCAUGCAACAUCAACAACCCCAUACAAAAGAUGGACGGUGGUGAUUCAACUUUCCAACUUUCCAACUCUGGCCUUUUUUACUUCAUAAGUGGCAACCUUGGCAACUGCAAAAACGGUCAAAAGCUCAUUGUUCUUGUCAUGGCUGCGAGGCAACCAAUUCCUAGGGCUGCGCCGCCACCACAGAAGAUUCCGGCAACCAGUUUGACUUCUCUGGCACCGACGCCGACGGACAAUUCGGGUUCAGGGAGGGUUGGUGUGAGUGUGGGGAUUGUUUUGAUGUUCACUGGCUUUGUUGGGUUGGUUUAGUUUGUUGGUGAGGCAUAUGGAUGAGACUUGUGGUUUUGAAUUGAUGACAAAAAAUAAUUAUUGUUUCCCCAUGAUUUGUACUUUGUAUGGGUGUUUGAUUUGAACUUUGUUCUUUUUGUAGGA